GAGAACUGCUGCAGCUUCUUCCUCCUGUGACGAGAAAGAAAACGACGACACUGCGUCCUUCUUGCGCGAGAUUUUCGCAAAGCUGGAAAUUCUAGUGGGCGCCAUGCGGGACUUGAUGAGCCGGCAGAAGUUGUGUCAGCUGCUCUUGGUUUUGGCAGAAGGAGGUUCUUGUGUCGGAACACCUCGGAAUGAUGAUGAAAAUCAUUUCAAACCAGAAAAUAACCAGAAAAAGACCGAGAAGAAAAAGAAACGCAGUGAAGAAAUCGGUCGCGCUUCUGAUAGUACAAACCGCAUCAACCCCGUGACUUCAUCUCCUCUCCUCGAGGGAGCGACAAACCGCCUCGAGUCCAUCCUCCUGCACCACCGCCGCUUGCAAACAAAGGACCCCAGUCGUUCCGACGAGAUUCAACUAGAUUGCUACGCUGCCGUGAAGGAUUGGGUUUUCGAGUUCGAACAUGAUUCCAAAACAGAACCGCAAGAACUCCUAAGCUUAGUACAAGCAAAAACAUCAAACACGGUCACCGCGGCCCGCGCUCUCCUGGCUUUGAAUUGGACGAAACGGCAGGCAACCGUCGAGCCCGAUUACGACCUGCACUGCGAAAUUUUGGUAGCGCUGAAACAGAGGAAGGUGCUGCUUGUGACCACGACGGGAAGCACAUCAAGUUCAACGGCUGGGAAUAGCCCUUCUUUCAAUAACUGUGUCGACCAUUUAAAGCCGUUAUUCGCGCAUUUCUGCUUCAUCCUGUCGCAGCCCGCGUGCGACCACGCGGUUCGCACGGAAAUCGAACACCUUUACGAACAGUUUGCGGUUGAGGCGGUGGUGCCGUUUGUGAGGAGGGAAACUGAUUCAUCAGAAGUGAAGAUGGAGGACAUCGACAUGGAAAAAAAAUCGGGAGCAAAUGAUUAUACAAACUCAGCGACAACUGGUACAUUAGCAUCAGCAAAACCCAGGAGCUGCACAAGAACUCCUCUUCUUGAACUCCUCUUCAAGCACGCGCUGCCUCCCGUUCGGAAAAACUUGACGAACCUGGCUCAGACCUCCCCGGCGGUGGUAGAUUCCGCAGUUAGGAUUUUCCGGGCCUUCUUCCUCGCGGUAAAGGAGAGCGGACUCGCGGAACAAACCGAUGCGGUUUUGAUGAAAUUGGCACGACAUCAGGAAGAAACGGAAAUAUCUUCGAGCUCCCUGAAAUACCACGUCCUCGGGCUGCUGAUCGAUUUCCACCGCGCGCGGGGAAACUUUGUGGCGAAGCAAGUGCGGGAUCAGGAACAACACUCCUACCCCGCCCACCUCAGUUCCUUCGACCACUUUCUCCUUUUCCGCGAAGGUGUGCAAAGUGGGUUGAUUCAUGCAGACAAAGUUUUCACUGACGAAGAAACGCAGAAAGAGCUGGAAAGGCUUUUCUCAAACGGAGAAAAGUCGUCCCAUACUCUCCUUCUUGACCUGGAUAGCCCUGCGGCGAACUUUCUGCACCUCGACUUGAUCACGUUUUUCCCCAGCACCUCGCAAGAAGGCGACAUCUUCGAAAACCUGAUCCACCUGCAGAAGCACCGGC